AUGAUUCAAAGAGGUAUCCCACCAAAACUCAAGGACCCAGAGAGUUUCCUCAUAGCAUGUACCAUAGGAAACAUGAAAUUAGAAAGAGCUCUCUUUGACUUGGGUGCAAGUAUCAAUUUGAUUCCACUUUCUAUGAUGAAGAAGCUAGCAAUAGAAGAAGUUAAACCCACCAGAAUGUCACUUCAAAUGGCCGACAGAUCACUCAAGAUACCUAAUAGAGUUGUGGAAAACUUAUUGGUAAAGAUUGGAGAGUUCAUCUUCCCAGCUGAUUUUGUGAUCCUGGAUAUGGAAGAGGAGGGGCGUAACUCAAUUAUCUUGGGACGACCCUUCUUAGUUACAGCAAGAGCCAUGGUAGAUCUAGAAAAAGGUGAAAUAGUUCUCAGGGCACAUAAUGAGCAAAUGAUCAUUAAUGUUUUUAAGGCCAUGCAAUACCCCCCUGAGAAAGAAGACCAUAAGAGGGUGGAGAUGAUAGAAACUCUAGUGGAGGAGGUACUUGAGACAAGCCAUUAG